CGGGGAGGGUGGGGGGGGAGCAGCGCUUCUGUCGCCCCUCAGUCCUGACAUGGACUGCCUGUGUAUAGUGACCACUAAGAAGUACCGUUACCAUGACGAGGAGACGCCGCCGCUGCAGCACAGUCCAGCUCACCUGACCGUCAGCGACACCGGACACGCCCCCAUUGACGGUCUCCACGGUCACACACCCCAGAUGCAUGUGUCACCCGCCAAACCGGUGUUGCUCCCCAGCGGUCACACGCCCUUCUAUGCCUCCUCGACUCUGAUGAACGGGAUGGACGGAGACGUGGAGUAUGAGGAGAUCACACUGGAGAGGGGUAACUCCGGCCUGGGCUUCAGUAUCGCCGGUGGGACUGAUAACCCUCACAUAGGAGAGGAUCCUAGUAUCUUCAUCACUAAGAUCAUCCCAGGAGGAGCCGCGGCACAGGACGGACGGCUCAGGGUGAACGACAGCAUUCUGUUCGUGAAUGACGUGGAUGUGCGUGAGGUCACUCACAGUUUAGCGGUGGAGGCGCUGAAGGAGGCGGGGCCGAUCGUGCGGCUCUAUGUGCUGCGACACAAACCGCCUGCGGAGAACAUCACAGAGCUGAAGCUCAUCAAGGGCCCUAAAGGUCUGGGCUUCAGCAUCGCGGGCGGCGUGGGGAACCAACACGUCCCCGCAGACAACAGCAUCUACGUCACCAAGAUCAUCGAAGGAGGAGCCGCGCAUAGAGAUGGACGACUGCAGAUCGGAGACAAAAUCCUCACUGUGAGUUUGAACAUCUGCAUUGUGCUUUAUUAUGAUUUUUAUAUGGGUGUGUGCAGGGAGCCGCGGCGAGUGGUCAUUCUCAGGGGUUCCACAGGUUUGGGCUUCAAUAUCGUGGGAGGUGAGGAUGGUGAGGGGAUCUUCAUCUCCUUCAUCCUGACAGGAGGAGCCGCUGAUCUGAGCGAAGAGCUGAGGAAAGGAGAUCAGAUCCUGAGCGUGAAUGGUGUGGAUCUGCGUCAUGCGACUCAUGAACAGGCAGCGGCGGCACUGAAGAGCGCAGGACAGACGGUCACCAUCAUCGCACAGUACAGACCAGAGGAGUACAGCAGGUUUGAGGCGAAGAUUCACGACCUGCGGGAGCAGCUGAUGAACAGCAGUUUAGUUUCUGCGGCGGCGUCAUUACGGAGCAGCAAGAGAAGCUUCUUCAUCAGUGUUUCAGGACGCAGCGAAUACAUCGUCAGCUAUGAGAUGGUGAUUCAGGCUGAAGUGCACUACGCGCGUCCCGUCAUCAUCCUCGGGCCGAGCAAGGACCGCGUCAAUGACGAUCUGCUCUCCGAGUUCCCCGACAAGUUCGGCUCCUGCGUCCCACACACGACGCGGCCCAAGCGCGAGUACGAGGUGGACAGCCGCGACUACCACUUCGUGCUGUCACGUGAACAGAUGGAGAAAGACAUUCAGAGUCACCGGUUCAUCGAGGCCGGACAGUACAACAACCACCUGUACGGCACCAGCGUCCAGAGCGUCAGACAGGUGGCAGAACAGCAGGGGAAGCACUGCAUCCUGGAUGUUUCAGCGAAUGCAGUGAGGAGGUUACAGGCCGCCCAACUUCACCCCAUCGCCAUCUUUAUACGACCCUCAUCCCUGCAGAACAUACUAGACAUUAACAAGCGUCUGACGGAGGAACAGGCCCGAAGAGCUUUAGACAGAGCCGUCAAACUGGAGCAGGACUUCAUCGAGUGCUUCUCAGCGAUCGUGGAAGGCGACAGCCUCGAGGAGAUCUACCAUCGCGUGAAGUCUGUGAUCGAGGAACAGUCUGGACCGUAUAUCUGGAUCCCGGCGCGAGAGAGACUGUAAACACACACACACACACACACACACACUCUUGCGUGUGAGGACUUGCAGCAGGGGCUCAUGGGAGUCUCUGGGUGUGUGUGAAGGUCAGUUCGCUGUGUCCGGCGUGCUGAAGCUCGUGUCUCGGGAUGAUCUUCAGAUUCACACCAACAGCUCAUUACAUCGUGUAAAUAUGCG